CAACAUCAUUUCUGGUGAGGUGCCCUUUUCUUCACCAACCGAGUAAGUUGCAAGUACAAGAUGGGAAGUCUCUCAUGAGCAGCGGAAGAGAGCUCCACGGGACCGUCUUUCCUCCUCUCUCGUCGCCCCUUCCAAGGCUGUCAAGGAUUGUUCAAUCUGUCUCGGAAGAAUGUGUUCAGAGUGAAUUCUUCUGAGGGCUGAGACUUAUUUAUUAAAUUAUUAACUUAUUAACUUAUAUAAGGCCUUGCCUUCUAUGGCUGCAAUCCAGAAGCUUUAUGAGGUCUGCAAAGCAUCAUUAUCUGAAAAGGGGCCAUCAUCUCCUGAAGCCGUCGAAAAUGUUCGUGCUGUAUUAGAUAUGAUCACACCUUCUGAUGUUGGACUUGAGUGUGAAGCACAAGCUGUUCGUGUUUGGAGAAGACCACGAGUGUUGAAUAGGAAAACAGUGCUCCAUUCAAGCCCAGCGAUUAGAUAUCGUCAUAUAUAUGAGUGCAAAAGCUUCUCUAUUGGAAUAUAUUGCAUACCAGCAUCAUCCAUCAUUCCACUGCACAACCAUCCAGGCAUGACUGUGCUCAGCAAACUUCUCUAUGGUAAAGUGCAUGUCAAAGCGUAUGAUUGGAUUGAUAUAGAGGAACCCGGUAACUUAUCAAAAGUCAGACCAGCCAAGGUUGUGAGGGAUGGUGAAAUAUCUGCGCCUUGCGCGGCGAUGGUGCUUCGUCCAACAGGGGGUGGGAAUGUCCAUGCCCUGAAAGCCAUCACUCCCUGUGCUAUCUUGGACAUCUUGUCUCCUCCUUACUCGUCAAAGGAUGGGAGGCAUUGCUCCUACUUCCGGAGACGCCAAAAGUCGCACCCGACGGGUCAGUGCCGUGAUCUCCCCUGGACGAAGAACAACCAUGAUUUACUAACAAAGGACGGCUUCAGUAUCUCAAUUACUUACAUGUUUGCUAUUGUUUCUCCAGGCAUUUUAUGGGACCGAACAAGGGAGUCUGAAUUUGUCUGGCUGGAAGAAUACCAGCCCCGUGACAACUUUGUUAUUAGAAGAGACCUGUACACAGGACCUACUUUGGAGCUGUGAACCCACCUUUCGUUCAUAACGUGCUCGGCGCUAUAGUUAUGCUUGCCCUAACACUUUUAAGUUAUAUAUCAAGAAGCACACAGAUACGCGUAAUGCAAAAAGAUUGUUGUCUUUUGUUCUCUUUGAAAUUUUUAUUUAUAGGCACUCUUUGGGAAUUUGAUCUAAUAAAACUAUUGUAAGAUGAUGUUAUUGUAUAUUUCAGGUUGUGUAACAUGUUGGCAAAAUAUUUGUAUCUAACUAUAUGUACCAAUUGGAAGGCGCUUUUGAGCCUUCCUCUCAAUAUGAACCUUUCUUGGAAAUGCCGACAGAAAUAUUUUCAUAA